GGGGAGGAGACCUCGGAGGAGGAGCGGAGAGACCUCAGCUCCCAUUCCUCCACAGCCACCGGAGAGAGGACACCUCAGCUCUGAGCUCCUCGGAUGAGACGCGCGGAUCUCCGGGUUUAUUAAGGACGUAUGAGGAAUUAGGAGGAAGGAGACAUCUGAGGACAUGAGGAGGACAAACGAGGAGACGAGGAGGACCCACGAGGAGAUGCCGAGGCUGAUGAAUCUCUCCGUUCUGUUUCUCUUGCUGGUGGGAUCGGUGGUGGGGGGCUCGCCCAGUGUGCAGAUCGGGGGUCUGUUCCCCCGCGGGGCGGACCAGGAGUACUCAGCCUUCCGGGUGGGAAUGGUUCAGUUCGGGACGUCGGACUUCCGCCUCACGCCGCACAUCGACAACCUGGAGGUCGCCAACAGCUUUGCCGUCACCAACUGCUUCUGCUCCCAGUACGCCCGGGGUGUGUACGCCAUCUUCGGCUUCUACGAUAAGAAGAGUGUGAACACCAUCACGUCGUUCUGCGGGACGCUGCACGUGUCAUUCAUCACGCCCAGCUUUCCUCUGGACGGCACCCAGCAGUUCAUCCUGCAGAUGAGACCCGACAUCAAAGGCCCCCUGCUGAGCCUCAUCGAGUACUACAAGUGGGACAAGUUCGCCUACCUCUACGACAGCGACCGAGGCCUCAGCACCCUGCAGGUUGUCCUGGACACGGCGGCCGAGAGGAAGUGGCAUGUGACGGCCAUCAACGUGGGCAACCUGAAGGACGAGAGGAAGGACGAGGCGUACCGCUCGCUGUUCCAGGACCUGGAGACCAAGAAGGAGCGCAGGGUCAUCCUGGACUGUGAGCAGGACAAGGUCAAGGACAUCAUGGAGCAGGUCGUCACCAUUGGCAGACAUGUCAAAGGCUACCAUUACAUCAUCGCCAAUCUGGGCUUCAUCGACGGGGACCUCUCUAAGAUCCAGUACGGGGGGGCAAACGUGUCCGGCUUCCAGAUCGUGGACUUCGAGGAGCCGCUGGUGGCCAAGUUCGACCAGCGGUGGGAGGCCCUGGAGGAGAAGGAGUACCCAGGGGCCGACAGCAAGAUACGGUACACCUCCGCCCUGACCUACGACGCGGUGCAGGUGAUGACGGAGGCGUUCCGCUCGCUCCACAAGCAGCGCAUCGACAUCUCGCGCCGCGCCAACAACGGGGACUGCCUGGCCAACCCGGCCGUACCCUGGGCCCACGGCGUGGAGAUCGAGAGGGCCCUGAAACAGGUGCGUGUUGAUGGACUGACUGGUAAUAUCCAGUUUGACCAGCAUGGGAAGCGCGUCAACUACUCGGUCAACAUCAUGGAGCUCAAGAACAACGGACCGGUCAAGAUCGGCUACUGGAAUGAAAUGGACAAGAUGGCCGUCACAAAGUCUGACGUCUUUGCAAACGAAUCUACAGGAAUGGAAAACAAGACGGUUAUUGUUACCACCAUCUUGGAAGCACCCUAUGUGAUGCUGAAGAAGAACUCGGACCUGUUCGUUGACAACGAGCGCUACGAGGGUUACUGCGUGGACCUGGCCGCCGAGAUCGCCAAGCACUGCGGCUUCAAGUACCAGCUGAAGGUGGUCGGCGACGGCAAGUACGGCGCCCGCGACGCUGAGACCAAGAUCUGGAACGGCAUGGUCGGGGAGCUCGUCUACGGGAAAGCGGACAUCGCGGUGGCUCCCCUGACCAUCACCCUGGUGCGCGAGGAGGUGAUCGACUUCUCCAAGCCCUUCAUGUCGCUGGGCAUCUCCAUCAUGAUCAAGAAGCCUCAGAAGUCCAAACCCGGCGUGUUCUCCUUCCUGGACCCGCUGGCCUACGAGAUCUGGAUGUGCAUCGUGUUCGCCUACAUCGGGGUCAGCGUUGUGUUGUUCCUGGUCAGCCGCUUCAGCCCCUACGAGUGGCACACCGAGGAGUACGAGGACGGCCAGAUCCAGACCAACGAGUCCACCAACGAGUUCGGCAUCUUCAACAGCCUCUGGUUCUCGCUCGGCGCCUUCAUGAGACAAGGCUGCGACAUCUCCCCCAGGUCUCUGUCCGGCCGCAUUGUGGGGGGCGUCUGGUGGUUCUUCACCCUCAUCAUCAUCUCCUCCUACACGGCCAACCUGGCCGCCUUCCUCACGGUGGAGCGGAUGGUGUCGCCCAUCGAGAGCGCCGAGGACCUGGCCAAGCAGACGGAGAUCGCCUACGGGACGCUGGACUCUGGUUCCACCAAGGAGUUCUUCAGGCGCUCCAAGAUCGCCCUGUUUGACAAGAUGUGGACGUACAUGCGCAGCGCCGAGCCCUCGGUGUUCGUGAAGACCACGGCCGAGGGCGUGGUCAGGGUCCGCAAAUCCAAGGGGAAGUACGCCUACCUGCUGGAGUCCACCAUGAACGAGUACAUCGAGCAGAGGAAGCCCUGUGACACCAUGAAGGUCGGAGGCAACCUGGACUCCAAGGGCUACGGAAUCGCUACGCCCAAAGGAUCUUCAUUAAGGAGAAGACCAGCGCACUCAGCCUGAGCAACGUGGCGGGGGUCUUCUACAUCCUGGUGGGGGGGCUGGGCCUCGCCAUGCUGGUGGCCCUGAUUGAGUUCUGUUACAAGUCCCGGGCCGAGGCCGCGCGAAUGAAGGUGGCAAAGAACGCACAGACUAUUAACCCAACUUCCUCGCAGAAUUCACAGAAUUUUGCCACAUAUAAGGAAGGUUACAACGUUUAUGGGAUCGAAAGUGUAAAAAUUUAGGGGGUAGGAGACGAGGUUUCAUGACUCCCUCUAAUGCACGCGUUUUUGGCAUCCCUCUCCAUCCGUGAGGUGUGAGGUUGGCCAGGGUAGCGACUGAUCUUAUAAUUUGGUGAACUGAUCCACAGUGUUUUGUCCUCACAUCCCCUCUCCUCCAUGCCGUCUCCAUGUAUGACUGUGGGCCAUGCCUGUCACGACCUCUGUCCUCUGACCAUCACCUCCUCCACCCUGCAUCCCGUUACCAUGGAGAUCAUGUUUGGUUCGCGCCACAUCCUCACCUUUUAAACAUUCUUACAAUUCUUACAUUUGAAGGACGGCCGAUCCUGUCACUAACCUGUUCCUCGUGUGUUCAUGUGUUCUCCGUGUGUGCGCGUUUGUGUGCGUGUGGUGUGUCCGUGCCUGUGUGUGUGCGUGUCCGCGUGCACGUGUGUGUGGCUGUGUGUGGGUGUGGGUGUGUGUGUGCGUGUGCCUGUACGUGUGCUUCCCUGUGUGCGUGUGUUUGUGUCCAUGUGUGCUUGUGUGUGUGUCCGUGUGUGUUGGCCACGCCCUCUGCCCGGUCCAGAUGACCUUGGGCGAUGCGAUGAGGAACAAGGCGCGGUUGUCCAUCACCGGCAGCACGGGGGAGAACGGCCGAGUGGUGACCCCCGAGUUCCCCAAAGCCGCCCACUGCGCCCCGUACGCCCGCCCCGAGAUGGGUCUGAACGUCAGCCUGACCGACCUAUCGUGAUCCUCUGAGUGCCUUACAACGCUCCAAUCACGCGCCUCCGACUCUUCUUUCCUCCCCAUUCUGCCGGUGGUCUCCGGUUCAUUCCGGUCAUCUCCGGUCGUCUCCGGUUUUAUGUCUGGCUGAUGGAACGUCCUCUGGCCCCCGUGAGGCGGGAGCCCCUCCCCCCCCCCUGUGGGGGGACGCGUCCCAGAACAACAAAGGUUUCUCUCUGGGAUUGAGUUUCUCCUGACGGACACAGAAACCUUGAUUGACAGCAACUGCUGCUGCUGGAAGAAUGAGCAUCAGUUUGUGUGUGUUUGUGUGUGUGUGUGUGUGUGUGUGUGUGUGUGUGUGUGUGUGUGUGUGUGUGUGUGUGUGUGUGUGUGUGUAUGUUCCUAAAGAUGUUGAAUCUGCGUAGGAUUUUCAAGCACAUUCGACACCAUCUUCAUCGAGAUGUGAAAUAGUCUUUUUUUUUAAGAAAAUAUAAAAAAAAAUACCAAUUUAAAAACACUAUUUUUUUCACAAGAGCGGUAGACUAAUGUGCUUCUGUGUGGGUUGGGUAGCAACAUCUCAAUGUGACAAACUGCUUUCAGUUUCAUCUUUUUUAAAGCCAAAUAUGUUGUUUAUGGAUUUAAAUGUUAUUAUCAUGUAAUUUAUUACAAUUCAAAAAAGAUCCUGUGUAUCUUUUUCUUUGAUAUUUGGUGUUGAUAUGAAAUAUUUGUCGAUGCUUGAUCUUUUAAAACGUCAAGCCUUAUUUGUUUUGCUUGUUAGACUUGGUGCCGCAAAUUCUGUUCAACUUUUGUGGAUUAGUUUGCUUCGAUUAUCUCGCUCUUUGUGUUUUGGACUUAAAGCGGAACUCUUCCCAGUUUACACACCAUGCAAAAAAAGCAUACAAAAGACUUUUUCACAAAUAAAGACCAGAUUUCAUGUUCAGAGAGGUGAUCCAGGUUAGGUGGCCAGUUUAGUUAACCAGGUUAGUUGGACCAGGUUAGUUAAACCAGGGUUAGCGUGCCAAAUAAGUAUGAGUGCCAAAUGGUAGUGGUAGUUAAUAUUCUUAUGUCUCACUGUACACAGUGACUGUAUAUGAUACAUUCUAUAACUUUUGUAAGUAGAUGUUGAUGGGAGGCCGUGAUAUUCCAAGAGCCUGUUAUUGAUUGAACUGUUAUUGAUCGUGUUGAUCGGUUAGCGAUCAAUGCAAUCGCUAACCGAUCAACACUAUCACUAACCAAUCACCGCGAUCGGAGACCGAUCAACAAGAUCGCUAACCGAGUAACGCAAUUGGUUAUUGAUCGUGUUGAUCGGUUACCGAUAACGUUGAUCGGUUACCGAUCACGGUGAUUGGUUAUUGAUUGAGUUUUUCCGACAUAGAUUGAGUUGAUGGGAUAUUGAUCGAGCACUAGUCGCAUGUUGAAGCUGCAGAAUAAUGCAUUUUCCUCGAUUCUAAACUUACAUUUCCAUUUGAUGUUAACCAUUUGGAAUAUCAGUCAUAUAUAUAAACAAUAAUAUAUAAAUAUACAUCUAUAUACAACUAUAUUUUAUAUAAAAAGUCGAAACACAAAAAACUGCCCUUUGUAUUUAUAAUUUUUAAGUUAUUAUAAUCGUUUUUUGAUCAAUCUAAAUUACACCUAUUUUGUUUAAUUUCUUUCAUAUUUCUUUGUAUUUCAAAAGCUCAAACAAGCAAAUGAGGUUUUAGAGAAAACAUUUGUUGAUCAAACGGCCAUAAAGGCUGAGGCAGAGAAGAGUUCAUGAGACCAUCUCUGCUCCACAACCUUUAAUAUUGAAUGUGUGCUAACUGGUUUAUUUCGGAACACUUUCAAAAUAAAAGUGACUAAUCUCUUA